AUGAAAGCCGUAGCGGUGGUCACUGUCAUCGCUUUGCUGUUCAGACAGAGCGCUAAAGUAUCCGCCUUGAGAAUUGUAAAGGGGGGAUUAUCUUGGUUAACCAGGAACCCCGAUGAAAAAAGAAUCCUAACAAACAGGAUAGAAAAUUACAAGAACGAGGUGGAGGCCCAGCAAAAUGACAAUCUCACGAAUGAAGUAGAUUAUCAGCUGAACGAACUGAUUGACGUGAUGCGUCUCGUGGGAGAAACACAAGAACAGCAAAAACGGGAACUGUAUAAUUUGUUCACCUCAUUGGAAGUAACGAAAGAUGCACUCUUAAAAAUGCUAAGUGAAUACGAAAAUAGAAUCGACCAGUUAGAGUACAUCAUUAUGGAUACAAAAAAAUAUGACCCAUACAUGGAAAGGUUUAAUUAUCCUAUAUCGAAGUACUGGCUCCAAAUAGACUUGCUUAACUUUAAAUCAUUGUGGAAAUAUCAGAAAAGGAAGCACUUCACGUCAAUCGUUCAGCCCAUUGAAAUGACAAGUGUUAGGUACCCAUCAUCAAUUCUGCUGCUAAGACAUCACAUAAUUGCUGAGGGGUUCAUUAAUGUCGAGAUGCUCCAAAAGGCUCCUUCUUCUUCUCUAGAACCCAAAAUAAAUCAGUCAGCUUCUGGUAUCGUUUUCGAUUUUGUAGAUGCUCACAAUUUUAGGUUCGUUCAGUUAUCCUUUUUGAAUGACCAGGCUGUUCUCUCCGUGGAAGAAGUGAACAGUUCCCUGCACAACAAAAUACUUUCUAAGGGAGUCGAGGCACACAGCAAAGACUUCAACACCCUGACAUGCGAAUUUGUGUCUAGAAAAAUGAACGUCUUCUUAAAUUACAAAAAGGUAAUCGAGGUGGAUUUCGCCGAUAGAGGGAUAAGCGGUAUGAGUGGAGGAAACACUACCAUACAUGAUAAUCGACACUCUGGAAAUGGUGCGAACCGAUUGGUGGGCCUCUUCACCAAAAGCGGGACUUCAGAAUUUAGGAAUUUCCUCACGGGAACUCUCCAGUUUGAACAUCUCCUAAAUCAUGCCCUGAUAAUUCCAGACAAGAAAGAUAUCUCCACAGGAUCUGUGACAAAUUCUUAUCGUUUCUCCAAUAGGGAGAGUAAAGAUGACCUUAGCGUUUACACCAUACCUUAUACCAGCAAAGAUUACGAUGACUAUAAGGAGGAAGAACUAACCGAGGAUGUUUAUCCUACCCCUGAAUCGAAUUCGUAUUAUGAUGGUGUGAACAUAACGGGACAUACCAAAGGAAUUAUCAGCCCUGCUGGUUCCUCCAACGAACUGACGCUGAACACCUGUGAAGAGUACAGAAGCAAAAAAUUUAACCUAACCGAAUGGAUAAGUGAUGAUAGUACAGGAGAGGCCUCAAACAGCUGGAAAGUGAUAUCCCAGUUUGGAAUUAAAAGAAUAAUAUUUCGCAACAACUACAAAUAUGCAGUGGUCAACUCGACAUUGAUUUAUAAAAAAAACGUAUGCAACUCGAUCAGAAUAUCUUCAUACAUUAAAAUCGAGAAUGACUCAGAAGCGGGACUUCUGUUCAGACAUGACAACAGGGAUAACAUGUACACAUUGACAAUUUCAAGCACGAACAGGGAAGUCAUUUUGAAGAGAAAAAAAAAUAAUAUCGAAUCGGUCAUAAAAAGUGCUUACGUAAAAAGCAUCAAUUCGUUUCAAAGGCAUCAUUUGCUGGUCCGGGACACGGGAGAACAGGGCAACCUCAGCGUAUCCCUCGAUGGUGUCAAAUUGUUUUCUCUGCACGGAGAGAAUUAUUUCAACUCAGGAAGAGUUGGCUUUUUUGUUGAGCACGGCCAUGCUGCGUUCGACACGUUCAUAGUUGAGCAGCUCACAGAAGGACACGGAGAAAAAUGA